UCAAGAGCUACAAAACCCUCAUUUCUUCUCCUUCAUUCUUCAAAUCCAUAUCUGAUUUUCACCCUUUCCCCAACAUCAGUGAUCUGCUUCGCACCUACCUUGUUUUUGCUGUAAACGAUUAUCACAGGAUAAAAUGGCUAAAACAGUAAGCCCAAAUUCUGUAUCAGUUAUUCUAGCAAAUCCAUGCCCAGAUUCUUCCUCCGAUUUCCCGGAAAUCGUUGUACAAGUCCUUGAUCUCAAGGCCACCGGCAACAAAUACAUGUUUAUGGCGAGUGAUGGCAAAAUGAAGGUGAGGGCUUUGUUGCAGUCAACUCUAGCGUCUGAAGUGACAUCUGGGAAGAUCCAGAAUUUGGGGCUCAUUCGUGUUCUUGACUACACUCUCAAUGAUAUCCCAACAAAGAACGAAAAGUUCUUGAUUGUGUCCAAGUGUGAUGCUGUGUCGCCUGCGCUUGAGGCUGAGUAUAAGGACGAGGUGAAGGUUGAGGGUAGUGGGACUGAUUUGAAACCGAACCAGGUAAUGGAUGUUGAUGUGAAAACUGAAUAUGCUGGUAUUGCGUUGAAACCAAAACAGGAAGUUAUGGCUAAAUCUGCUGCUCAAAUUGUUCCUGAUCAGCGUGGGAAUAUGGCGCCAGCUGCACGAAUGUCAAUGACACGUCGAGUCCAUCCACUUGCUUCUUUGAAUCCUUAUCAAGGAAAUUGGACCAUUAAAGUCCGGGUUACAGGGAAGGGAAACAUGCGGACUUACAGGAAUGCUAGGGGAGAAGGCUGCGUAUUCAACGUAGAGUUGACAGAUGAAGAUGGCACUCAAAUACAAGCAACGAUGUUUAAUGAUGCUGCAAAGAAAUUCUUUGAUACGUUUCAGAUGGGGAAGGUUUACUUCAUAUCGAAGGGAACCUUGAAGUUAGCAAACAAGCAAUUCAAAACUGUAGAAAAUGAUUAUGAGAUGACGUUAAAUGAAAAUUCGGAAGUGGAGGAAGACAACAAUGAGGCAACCUUUCUUCCUGAAACAAAAUUCAGUUUUACCCCAAUUGAUGAGUUAGGUCCAUAUGUCAAUGGAAGGGAGCUAGUUGAUGUUAUUGGCGUGGUUCAGAGUGUGUCUCCUACAGUGAGUAUUAGAAGGAAGAGCAACAAUGAGACUAUCCCAAAGCGUGAUAUAGUCAUUGCUGAUGAGACUAAGAAAACUGUGGUGGUGUCUCUGUGGAACGAUCUUGCCACGAGCUUUGGGCAAGAACUUCUUGAUAUGGCUAAUAAAUCUCCUGUAGUCGCUAUGAAAUCUCUUAAAGUUGGUGAAUUUCAAGGUGUAUCAUUAUCAGCACUGAGUAAAAGCAUUAUGGUAGUCGACCCUGACAUGCCAGAGGCCAAAAAGUUGAGAUUUUGGUAUGAUUCUGAAGGCAAAGAUACUUCUUUGGCUGCUAUUGGGCAAAGCCCGUCCAACAGAAAUGGAGCUCGUUCCAUGUACUCUGACAGAGUUUCCUUAUCUCAUAUCACCAGUAACCCUUCCUUGGGAGAGGACAAGCCUGCAUACUUCUCCAUCAAAGCAUACAUCAGUGCCAUCAAACCCGAUCAAGCAAUGUGGUACCGUGCUUGCAAGACAUGCAGCAAGAAGGUUACUGAAGCUGUAGGGUCCGGCUAUUGGUGCGAAGGGUGCCAGAAGAAUGAAGAUGUCUGCAGUUUGAGAUACAUAAUGGCAGUAAAGGUCUCUGAUGCAAGUGGUGAAGCGUUUAUCUCAGUUUUCAAUGAUCAAGCGGAUAAAAUGAUUGGAUGCACGGCUGAUGAACUAAACGAGAUAAAACUUCAUGAUGGAGAAGCUAGUUAUCAAAAGAAAUUAAAGGAGGCAACAUGGGUUCCUCACCUUUUCCGCGUCAGUGUCACUACGAAUGAGUACAACAAUGAGAAGAGACAGAGGAUAACAGCCAGGGCUGUUGCUCCAAUUGAUUAUGCAACUGAAUCCAAGUAUCUGGUUGAAGAUAUGACAAAGAUCAAACUAUCUAAGAAUCUGCUUAAUUGAUGCCUGCCUGCCUUUGAGCUUGUUUUUUUAUUUAUCAAGGCUUGAUAUGGUUAGGAAUUAUUGUAAUAUAAUACUAAUAUUGGUAUGAUCAGCAGAGUUUUGUCUUGAUCAGCAAAGCUCAGUUUUGAAGUAUCUUCA